UAAAACCCCUCCUGCUUCGUCUGUCCUCACCCCCCCGCCGGCCAGUACCCCUUUCACAACCCAGGACGGGCAGUCUGGCAAAACUGGACCAAGCUUUUUUCUUUUUCUUUAAAAAAAAUGAGAAGGUCUAUUCAACUUUAAAUCCUAUGCUCUGGCUGCAGUAAAAUUUUAGCAAGUGGACUUCUCAGUAGAGUUAUACAGUACUUGGAUUCAGGUGAAAAAAGAUUGUGUGUGUGUGUGUGUGUAUCCCUUAAAAAAAUUAAGUCUAGUUAACAAAGUACUUAAUUAAGUACCUAGCACUGUAUUAGGAAUGCAGAGGAAGACAAAAAGUCCCCUCAAGGAACUUAAAAUCUAAUGAGGAUAACUUGCAAACUGUAAAGUACAGAUGAGGUGUAUAUUGGAUAAAUUGGAGAUAAUCUUGAGUAGGCACUGGCAUUAACCACGACUGGCAAAGGCAUUUUACAGAAAGUGGAAUUUUAGCUGAAACUUGAAAGAAGCCUGGAGGCAGAGAUGAGAGAUGACAAUUCCAGGAGCGUACUCUAAGUCAUUUCCCAGGAGAUCCAGCCGGAAGUUGUCAUAUACAAAAUUGCAACCUAGAUGAGACAUGGAGCAGUAUACAGCAAACAGCAAUAGUUCUACAGAACAGAUUGUCGUGCAGGCUGGACAGAUUCAGCAGCAGCAGGGUGGUGUCACUGCUGUCCAGUUGCAGACAGAGGCCCAAGUGGCAUCCGCCUCAGGCCAGCAAGUCCAGACACUCCAGGUACAGGGCCAGCCUUUGAUGGUACAAGUGAGUGGAGGUCAACUGAUCACAUCAGCUGGCCAACCCAUUAUGGUCCAGGCUGUUCCUGGUGGCCAAGGUCAGACCAUCAUGCAGGUACCUGUGUCUGGGACACAAGGAUUGCAGCAGAUCCAGUUGGUACAGCCAGGACAGAUUCAGAUUCAAGGGGGUCAGGCUGUGCAGGUGCAGGGUCAGCAAGGCCAAACCCAGCAAAUCAUCAUUCAGCAGCCCCAGACUGCCGUCACUGCUGGCCAGACCCAGACUCAGCAACAGAUAGCUGUCCAGGGGCAGCAGGUGGCACAGACAGCAGAAGGUCAAACCAUUGUCUAUCAGCCAGUCAAUGCAGAUGGCACUAUCCUCCAGCAAGUUACUGUGCCUGUGUCUGGCAUGAUCACCAUCCCAGCAGCCAGUUUGGCUGGAGCACAGAUUGUCCAGACAGGAGCCAAUACCAACACAACUAGCAGCGGACAGGGGACUGUUACUGUGACGCUACCAGUUGCUGGGAACGUGGUCAAUUCAGGAGGAAUGGUCAUGAUGGUACCAGGGGCUGGUUCUGUGCCUGCUAUCCAGAGGAUCCCCUUACCUGGAGCGGAAAUGCUUGAAGAGGAGCCCCUCUAUGUGAAUGCUAAGCAGUAUCACCGGAUUCUUAAGAGGAGACAAGCUCGGGCCAAACUAGAGGCAGAAGGGAAAAUCCCCAAGGAAAGGCGGAAAUAUUUACAUGAAUCUAGGCAUCGUCAUGCCAUGGCAAGGAAGCGUGGAGAAGGUGGUCGCUUUUUCUCUCCAAAGGAAAAGGAUAGUCCUCACAUGCAGGAUCCAAAUCAAGCAGAUGAAGAAGCAAUGGCACAAAUGAUUCGAGUAUCCUAACCAAAAGCAGAGAGAGCGAGCUGAUCCAGGUUCCUCUCCACUGUGUCCCGUUAUCCCAGGAAAUUGAGCAGACCUUCCAGUGGGACACUUAUGAUCACAUUCUGCCCUUUUCUACAAAACAGAAACCACUUAAUUUUUCACAAGUGGUUUGGUAUUAUAAUUGCAGUGAUCUCUGGCGAAUUGAAAUUCCAAGGACUCUGUCCCACCCCUCUCAGUCAGGACUAAAGACUAUUAAUGACAUUAGUAUUUCAUAUAUUUGGAUGGUACAAGAGACAAAAAGCCAAUGAGAGUACUACAAGCAGCACUUAGUUUGGCUGGUGAAGCAAGGCCAUCCCAGGGGAGAGAUACCGUUCAAUUGUUGGCAAGACUGCAGUCCGGGAAACCACAGCCUACUUCUUCCCACUUGGAGUUUGAUUAGUCUCAUCCAUCCAUGAAGUUUGAGAUUUUAUGUGUGACCAACAGAAUGAACAUGUUGCAUGCAGAGAUGACUUUCAGUCAGAGGAAAUUUCCAUCCUGUGGUGUGUAAAGAACAUGCUGUUCCCUAAGAAUAAGGUUCAAAUCACCCUAUGAUUGUAGCAAGAACCUGAAUCCACCAGUUUUGUUUAAUGCUGAGGGGAAAAACGUAUCUCUGGAGUAAAAGAAUCAAAGACUCACUAGCAUUUUAAAAUGUUCUCUUCUCAGCUGAGGUGGUCUUACCUGCCUUCCCACUGAAAAUGUAACUGAUAUAUAUAGAGAUUACCUGGAUCACAAAUUUUCUCAUUUUCCCCCCAUAACGUUCUAGGGAUGGCCAGUCCUAGAAGUUGCCAUUCCUGGAGCAGAAAACAAGACAAUUUAAAUUUUUUUGGUGUUUAAACACCGAGAACAUUUGUAGUCAGUAAAAUGUCAAGAGAGCAAAACUGUAGGUUGCUAUUCACAGACUUUCUGUAAAACUGUCUGUGUUUGACAGCACUUCAGGAAUAGAAGGGAGAAUGCAAUGAUUUGUUAUUUUGUGGGGUGUGUGUGUGUGUGUGUGUGUGUGUGUGUGUGUGUGUGUGUGUUUUGUAACAUGACUCAGUGGAGACCUGGGGUAGAUUGUUAGGAAGUAAAGGGUGAGGAAUAGAUUCAUACUAAAACCUAACCCAUCAAGGGAGUAGAAAUUCACUUAAUGUCUUUAGUCUGAGAUUUAUUUUGUUAGUCCUCGGCCAUUUCCAAAAACCAUUGUUUUUAUCCAGGUACCGUGGUUAUUGUAUGUUACUUAUUGGAGCCAGCAAUGAAAUUUUGUUCCUACAUUUUUAAAUCCCCUCGGCAGCUGGUGUGUGGAUGUCUAUUUCCACUUACUUUUCCCCAUUUAAGAUGUAACCUUAUACUUUGAUUCAAGGGUCUUGUACAGAAAGGCUUUAACAUUGUACCCUUACUGUGGGACCAAACUGGAAGUAGAUUCUGGAGCCCUCUAAACAUGAGGAAUGGAGCAGGGUUACCAGAUCUCUGAGUACCCCUCAUAAAGCAAGCUUCCAUCUCCUGGACCUUGUGGUUCAGAGAAUUGAGGUGAUAGUUUUAGGAGAGUCACUAUCUGUUUAGCAAAAGUGGUUAAAAAUAUUCAGUAUUUCUACUGAAAAAAGCUAGCGCGAAGUAUAGGUAAUGGGGAGGGUAUGCUUUCUCAUUUUUGUCUUCCCUGUAAGAAUGUUGCAUGAGAAAAGGAGGAAAAAAUUAAACCUUUAAAAGGAAAUGAAUCAAAAUCAAUAAGGGCUGGUAUGGGGACAAUGGCAGAAGUAUGAAUCAGUACAUCUCCCUCAUCCAGGACUGUAGGUUCUGGAAUCCAUGUAUCCAAUGUGGCUUCCAAAUGCCAGGAGAUUCUGUCCGUUUCAGAUACUCCCUUGGGAAGUGAUUAUUUGUUGUUCUAUAGUUUCAGAGGCUUGUCUUACUUGCUAAGAACAAAGUUUGUAUGAUGAUGAUAAAACAGAAGGGCUUUAGAUUUCCUGGUUUAUCUUUAGGAUCCAGUAUUACAAGAGUAAGCCCCUCAAACCUGAUCUCUGAAGUUCAAGCUCAUUAAGAAAAGCAAUUUUUAAACUGUAUUUAUUUAUGUUUGUAAACUUGUACAUAGUAGCAACCCUGCAAAUGUUUUGUUACUCUAUUUUACAUCUUUUAGGUUCUUUUAGGGUUUUUUGUUGUUUGGGGGGUUUUGUGGGGGAGGGGGGUGGUGGGAGGAAAAUACUUCAGUUUUCAGUUUGACUUUUGCAUUUAGAGUGUCAGGUCUUUUUUUUGUUGUUGUUAUCUUGAAAUACCAUGACUUUGCAAGGAGAGUUUGGGGUUUAGGAAAUUAUUUUUAUUUGCUCCUAGGAAAUCCUUUCCUUACUUGUAGGUGCGACUGUUCUAAUGACCUUACAAUGGAACAAAUGGUUAACUGGAUGAAUGAAUAAUUGGCAUAAUGUAUAGUGUUACAUUUCAUUUGAGUACUUUUUUUUGCAGGAUAAUUGUGUGUGUAUGUAUAUAUAAAUAUAUAUAUAUAUUUUUAAGUGCAUUGUUACAUAUAACGUCCAUGUCUAUACCGCUGGACCAGGGGAACGUUUUCUGGGUUGUGGGUGCCUGUUAAUAAUGUCUUGGCUUUCAUUUGUGACCUUAAGCUAUAUGAAGGUUUUUCCCCUAGAGAGGGGAGUACAGGUGAUCAUUGGUGACAUUGGAAUUCAGAGUAAUUUCCCAUUGUUAUUUUUUAAAAGAAAUUUAUAAAAAAAUUAAAAGUU